GGCGUGUGCUCUCCACACUCUCCAUAUCUAUCUCCAUCACUUUUUCUGUUUCCAGCGCUACUUGUUCAUUUCUAAUUACUAGCUAAUUUCUUUCCUUUCAUUUCUUCAAUGGCGAUCAAUCAAGUUCCCGACCAAGCUUCCGUUAAGAAAGCCAACAAUAUUCCUUUCGAUAUCGAGGCCGUACAUAUUCAGGAACCAAAAGAUCAAGAACAGGAAAUCAUGGUAUUUGAUUAUGCGAAAAGAUCACAGUGGCUAAGAGCUGCCGUCUUGGGCGCCAAUGAUGGGUUGCUCUCCACGGCAUCCCUAAUGAUGGGAGUUGGAGCCGUCAAGAAGGAUGUCAAGACUAUGAUAUUCACGGGUAUCGCCGGCUUGGUUGCCGGAGCUUGUAGCAUGGCCAUCGGAGAGCUCGUUUCCGUCUACUCACAAUACGACAUCGAAAUGGCUCAAAUGAAGAGAGGGGGUCGAACUCGAAACAUGGGAGCCACGGAGCUAGACGCCGAGAAGGCAAAAUUGCCAAACCCGUGGCAGGCAGCCGGGGCGUCUGCAGUUUCAUUUGCGGUGGGGGCAUUGGUGCCGCUACUGGGGGCGGCCUUUGUGAAGGAUUAUGCGGUGAGGGUCGGGGUGGUAGUAGUGGUCGUGAGCUUUGCCCUGCUAUGGUUUGGAGGGUUGAGUGCACUGCUAGGGAAGGCUCCUGUGGUGAAGUCGUCUUUGAGGGUUUUGAUUGGGGGAUGGAUGGCCAUGGGAGUUACUUUUGGCUUCACCAAACUCGUUGGUUCUGCUGGACUGCAGUAACUAAUGAUCAUAUAACUAGCCAGGCGCGCGCUUUUUGCUGUGUUUUUUUCUUUUUCUUUCUGGGUUCUUCAUGAUCUCUGUCCUAGCUAGCUAGCUGCUAGGUCUUAAUUCAGGUCUUCUAGUACGUAACUGCUGGUAGAAACUAAAAAGAGAUCGAUAAACGAACAGAUAAAUAAUCUUUGAUCUGCAAAUCGAGAUGAUCUCCUUUUCAUGAUCAUUUAUAUUGUUAAAACUAGGGAAUAUAUAUGAAUUAUUCUAGGCGUACUGAGUACCUUAUAAAUUAAUGCUAGUUUGAGAUAUCUGAUCUCUCGCUAA